CGCGGUGCUUGGGCUCGCAGGUCUCGCGAGAGGUGGCGCGAUAAGCCUCUGUGAAGCUCACGCGGCUGCCUCUUUCCUCCCUAAGAUGGCGCCGAAAGUGAAGAAGGAGGCUGUCCCGGCUAAGACCGAGGCGAAAUCUAAAGCUCUGAAAGCUAAAAAGGCAGUCUUGAAAGGCGUCCACAGUCACAAGAAGAAAAAGAUCCGGACGUCCCCCACCUUCCGGAGGCCGAAAACCCUGCGGUUACGGAGACAGCCCAAGUAUCCCCGGAAGAGCGCGCCAAGGAGGAACAAGCUGGACCAUUAUGCCAUCAUUAAGUUCCCACUGACCACCGAAUCGGCAAUGAAGAAGAUUGAAGACAAUAACACGCUGGUCUUCAUUGUGGACGUCAAAGCCAACAAGCACCAGAUCAAGCAGGCCGUCAAGAAGCUGUACGACAUCGACGUGGCGAAGGUCAACACCCUGAUCAGGCCGGAUGGUGAGAAAAAGGCCUACGUCCGUCUCGCUCCUGACUACGAUGCGCUAGAUGUAGCCAAUAAGAUUGGGAUCAUCUAAACAGCAUGUUGCCAACUUUGUACACAAAAGACCUCCAAAUGCAUUUUGUACAAAUAGUUGUAUGGAGAGACUCCAAGAUUGCCUACCUAUAUCAAGAAGUAGAGCUAAUAAUAUAAGUGUACAAAUAUUUGUACAAAGGUUUUACAAUAAAAUUCAUCUUUGGCUCCA